CUUCGCAGGGAAGGAGGGAGGGAGGCUGAGCCAUCCUUUCCUUCUCGUCCGGCGACCGAGUCAGAAUGCCAUCACUUCCAGCAGAAGCUGAAAUGGAUGCCUUGUCUUGCUCUCACUUCUCAGCCAGCAUACCCAAUGGAAUGCUGGAGAAGGAGCCUGGAAACACUAUAGAGAAGGAACCUUGUAAUGCCACAGAGAAGGAGAGGAAGUGGAUCAGGCCUGACACGCCAAGCAAAUGUACCUGGCAGCUUGGGAAAUCUCCCGAAGAAUCACCACACCAUCACGUUACAUUGGCGAAGGUUCCAAAUAUUAUGACAGACAUCCUCAAGAAAAUUGGUAACACUCCCAUGGUGCGAAUCAACAAGAUUGGGAAACACUUUGGUCUUAAAUGUGAACUUUUGGCAAAAUGUGAGUUUUUCAAUGCUGGAGGAAGUGUGAAAGACCGGAUCAGCUUAAGGAUGGUGGAAGAUGCAGAAAGGGAUGGGAUUUUGAAGCCUGGGGAUACUAUUAUCGAACCAACAUCAGGAAACACAGGAAUUGGACUGGCCCUGGCAGCUGCAGUGAAAGGCUAUCGCUGUAUCAUUGUGAUGCCAGAGAAAAUGAGCAUGGAAAAGGUGGAUGUACUGAGGGCUCUUGGGGCUGAAAUUGUGAGGACUCCAACUACAGCUAGAUUUGACUCCCCAGAAUCUCACGUUGGGGUGGCCUGGAGGCUGAAGAAUGAAAUCCCAAACUCCCACAUACUGGAUCAGUACCGCAAUGCCAGUAAUCCCUUGGCCCACUAUGACACAACAGCUGAGGAGAUUCUGCUGCAGUGUGAAGGUAAUGUAGACAUGGUUGUAGCUGGUGCUGGUACAGGAGGCACCAUUAGUGGCAUUGCCCGCAAACUAAAGGAGAAAUAUCCUGGAUGCAAAAUUAUAGGUGUUGACCCUGAAGGAUCUAUCCUGGCAGAGCCCGAAGAACUGAAUGCAACAAACAAGAGCACCUACGAAGUUGAAGGGAUUGGAUACGAUUUUAUCCCUACAGUUCUGGACAGAUCAUUGGUAGAUGAAUGGUAUAAAUGUAAUGAUGAGGAAUCAUUUACCUUUGCACGCAUGUUAAUCAGAGAGGAAGGGUUGCUUUGUGGGGGCAGCUCGGGCAGCGCCAUGUCUAUUGCUGUGAAAGCGGCCAAAGUGCUGAAGGAAGGCCAGCGCUGUGUUGUUAUCCUUCCAGACUCUGUUAGGAACUACAUGUCAAAAUUUUUGAGUGACAAAUGGAUGACCCAGAAGGGGUUCAUGACGGAAGAAGACAGCAGCAUUAACAAACCUUGGUGGUGGCACUUGAAAGUUCAAGAAUUAAGCCUCUCUGCUCCUCUGACAGUUCUACCAUGUGUUACCUGUGAAAAGACCAUUGAAAUACUCAGAGAGAAGGGAUUUGAUCAGGUGCCAGUUGUUGAUGAAUCUGGGGUGAUUCUAGGAAUGGUAACCCUUGGCAACAUGCUUUCUUCAGUGCUUGCUGGCAAAGUGCAGCCAUCAGACCAAGUCAGCAAAAUCAUCUACAAGCAAUUCAAGAAGAUUCACCUGCAAGACAACUUGGGGAAGCUAUCUCAUAUUUUGGAAAUAGAUCACUUUGCGCUGGUGGUACAUGAACAGAUUCAGUAUCACAGUGAUGGCAAAUCCAGCAAAAGACAAAUGGUGUUUGGAGUUGUCACAGCAAUUGACUUGCUUAAUUUUGUGACUACUCGGGAACAGCAAAGCAAGGCAACCUAACUUCAUCAAGCACAUGGGUAGAAGAUGCUUUCGUGGUUUCUUCUCAUCCACACCCUCCCUCAACUGUUUUGUCUUUUCCCUUGUUGUAUCGUCGGAAAAAAAUAUUCAAAGUUGUUGUUUUGCUCUCAAUAGACAGAACAAAUUUCACUGGAGGAUCACACCACAGUAUAUGGCACAGAUCCACACAGUGGUCCUGAGUUUGGCUGGUUUUCAGUGAGAGGUUGCCUGUCCUGCACAGGCAAGCUUUAAUCUGUUGCUACCAGUGAAACUGAAGGAUCAAGAGCCACAUGAUGGUUGGUGUGAUCAGACUGUUGACAAUAUGGGGAACUCUUGAAGGUACACUUACCCUGCUUAUAUGGCCAAUAAUAUACCUGGAAACCUUUUCCUCCAAUCACUGUUUCACUGAAAUUAAAUCUGGGAGUGAUACAGAGGUGGUUUUUGAUAAUCCUACUCCUGCUGCAGCUGAUAAAUGUCAAGCCUACUGCUUGUCUUUGUAGUAAAGGUCCAGGAAGAUAUAUAUCCGUGUCCUGCCACAAACUUCACGGGAAGACAGCUUUCAUAUUUGUCCAACAGCUGGAUCAGAAAUGUUAUUCUACCCGUGCAGUAGGCAGGUGGUCAGGAUACAUAUUCUGUCUUCUGUGAGUUGCUAGCUGUUGAGACUUUUGCUUAGAGCCAUGGGCAAGCACAAAUGUCUUAACUGUGCACUAGAUGCAUGUUUGAACUGAAUCACCUUAAAAGGCCUCAAAACACUGGAAUUAAACACCCAAUAUUCUGUCCUUCCCUCUUUCCUACUUGCUAAUGUCCUUAAUGUCCUCUCUACUUACCCUGGCCAAAUUGAGGAGAUGUGGACUGUCGGGACUGGGGGGAGUUAAAUUUUGCUAACACACAGCAAACAAGUAGAAUGGGGAAGGUUUUCCACCAGUAAAUGGGUAGGCUGGCUCUACCAAUCACUCCAGCGUACACUUACUUUGUGUUAAUGCUUUGCAUUCUGAAUCACUUUGUACAAAAUUUUUGCAAGGGAAUUGCCUCUGCAGCAGUAUGAAAUAAUACUGUGAUUUCUCUUUUGCUUUAUGAACGUGAUUCUGCCAGAUAUAACAUGAAGAUUCUGGGUUUUAUAAACAGUAGAAUGUCUAUAUUUUGCAAAGACCAAAUCAAAUUUUCUGUACAUUAAUUCUAAUCUUAAAUUGUUUAUUGGUGUGUCUUAGUGCAAUUGUAUGCAUCCAUUCUUUAAAUGGUCUAGCUUUAUGUUACAGUAUAGUCUCUGUUUUGCACAUGGAUGAGGGAAAAUAUUGCAUUUUGUUAUUUAAAAGUAUAUUUGGUUCUAAAACCUUCAGCUGUAAUGUGAGAUAGUGGCAAAUAUUUGACGUUGCAUUUACUUACAUUAAUUUGUCAAUCCAAAUUGAACUUCUUUUUCCUUUGGUGGCUUUCUGUAACUUCCAUUGGAAGCUUGUAAGAAGCAUGUUAAAUAACUGUAAUAUUUCCAGUCUUAGUGUCAGAAAACCCUCAUUGCCACAGUCUAAUUACACAGUUACAUGUGUGAAAGCUUACUCAUAUAAAACUCAGAUUUGCAUACCAAACUUCUCACUGGGUCCCAUGUUUAUGUAAUGAAGAGUUUGGUCCUGUUUGUAAUGAAAAAAAGUAGCCUCAAAGUGCUUGCUUGGCAUUCAGCAUUCUAAUCUUGUGAGCAUUAGCAUUUUUUGCUCUCCAGGACUGUGAAAAGGAAAUUUGAAAAACUGUUCAUUCAUCUUUUGUGUUACAAAUUCAGUAUAAAGACUUGAAUUAAAAAUUGUUUCUGACAAACUGA